AGUUUCCUGUUCCCUUUUAAACUAUUUUCAGGGCAAGCAACUGAUGUCAAGUAGUUUGGGGGAUCAUGUGUUAGGUGUUGGUCAGUUAAUUGAUGUUCAAUGGAAAGUGGGCGUGGCAAUGAGCUCGGACACAUGCAGACACUUAAACUCUCCAUUUGUGACCUUGACCUUGACAGUAGCAGACGCAGGGGGAAAUCUCAAAACACAUCCACUAGAACUUACGAUGGACCAAUUUAGGAAUUUUACUAAUCAGUUGAAGGAAAUAGGAAAAGUGCUGGAAAUGGUCUGAACAAGAGCAGUAGGAACAAUAAGAAGGAAUCUCUAUUACUUACAAGAAUGCAGAACUAGUAAUCUCUAUAUCCCAGAAGGCUGCAUUGUAUUUAAACUUAGACACUUUAACAUAUGAUAAAAAGACCGUAUAAUGUAUCAUUUAUAACAGCAGCAGUCUUGUGUGAUAUCGGCAUAGUCAGGAUGAUAAAUAAACAUGUUGAAGAGUAUACCCUAAAAAUGUAUGUGAACUUAUCUGAAGCUUAUAUCAUCUCUGAUAUCAGCCUUCAUUACAGUUUAUCUUGUAUAAUCUAACUUUUUUCUCUUCACUUACUGCAAGAGGUCAAUAGAUAAGGUGAACAUGUAUCUGACCAGCUUUGUAUACAAUGAAUAUGGUAUACAAAAUAAGCCAAAACAUUCCAAGGCAG